AUGUCGGGUCAACAAGUAAAUAGUGAAAAAGUAAAAUCACGCAUUGAAAAAUUGAUUCAAGAGAGAACACUCUUAAUCGGAAGACUAAGUUCACUCAGAAAAGACAAAAAUCCAUAUAUUGUUACUCGUGAACACAAAGCUCACGAAAAACACGUUACUGAUAUCGAAAAAAGAUUAAACCAAAUCGAUUUUGAAUUAAGGAAAGAACGCCAUUUUCUGAGCAGACAAUCGAUUAUCGAUUCAGAGAUAACGAAUAAUCAAGAGACUGAAGAAAGGAAUAAAAAGUUAUCCAAUCUUGAGGAAUUUAUCAAUAAAUCCAUUGAGUUUGAAGACAAUUUAAACAAAAUGUUCACAACUCCUCCUAAAAAAGUUACCGAAAACCCAAUCACAACCACCUCUGAAAAUAUACCACCAUCAAACCCAAUCCCUACAACUGCAGACAUGCGAGGAGCUCGCGGUCUCACCACAAGUCACCCAGUCGCUACAACAAGUACAACUUCCACACAAGAAGGUCAAGACGAAUGUGGCAUGUACGGAAUACAUUCAACUCCAACUACAAGCUCUAACUUAGCACCUCUCUUCGGCCAAUUUAUUAAUUCAAGGCCCAGAUUAUCAACAAUCGUUGGUGAUCCACCCCGUUACGAGUUUCCACCAAAUUACGAAAACGCGACAGAAAGAGAAAUCCGCCUACUCAAAGAAAAACAAGAUAGGGAAAGGUUAAAUAAAGACAUGGGUAUUUUGCAAGGGAUUUACCCCACAAUUGGCCAAAGGUCGACAGGAACAAUCAGAAAAAAUUACAUGGCAACUAACACACAAGGCCACUUCCCCAAUAUACCAGAAGAAGAAUUACUACCCCAUCAAAAAACCUUUACGGCACAAAAUACGCAAUAUCCAAAUUCUGACGAAUUCUACAAUCACGUUCACAACUCAGAACUACAACGUCAGAAAAAUCUCUCAAUAUACAAGGACAAUACAAUCGAAGGGUCGUUACAUGAACCCAAACAAGUCAAUUUCGAAAACGAAAUAAAUGACAACAAUUUUAAUAAAUAUGGUCCCAUCCAAAGAAACUUCUCAUCCACAAAUCGGAUAUAUAAUCACCCAACCAACUCUGAAUUACCACAUCGUGUUUCACGAUCAUACAAUAACACGCCAAUUUUUGACGAAAAUGUGAUUCCUCGAGACAUUAACUAUAACAGAAACUUAUACCCAAAUGAUUAUCAACAACGUAUUCCAUUUAGAGAUAUCACACCAAGAGAACACAGUUAUCGAGACGCCAACGGUGUCCGAGAAACAUAUUUAAAAAGAUUAAAACACAUUCCAAAAUUCAACGGAGAUUCAUUUAAUGAGCUCAAAGAAUUCAUCAACAAAGCUGAUACCUUAUAUCGAUACGCUAGUAACGAUAUCGAAGAAGAUGAAUUUUACGAACAAAUGAUUUUCCAAUUGGGCGAAGAACCAAAAAAUGUCAUAAUAAACCUUGAAAAUCCAGAUUGGAAUACCGUAAAAAGAAAAUUACUAUCAUAUUAUUCAUAUUUGGCAAACAAAGACUUACUUGCUAGUCAAAUUGAGAAUCUUCACCAAGAAAAGAACGAAUCCAUUCUCAAAUAUUCUGAAAGAGCACGAAAAUUACUAAAAGAACACAAUUCUACAUACAGCAAUCUGUCAGAAGACCAAAGAAGAGAACAUAACAAAAGAGCACUACGAGCCUUUUCACGGGGUCUUUACGACCAUAAACUGAAAGAAAAAUUAUCUAUCCGUGGUUCCGAUACUUUGGAAAACUCAAUUGCAUACGCUUUGGAAGCUGAAAGUGAAAGCCUUCGAGAUAUACCAAACUAUGAACUAUUUUGCAGAUUCUGCCAAAUAAAUGGUCACCGUGAAAGAGACUGUAAACGAAAAAAUAACGAUGCCAAUAAUUUGGGAAACUUAACUUCGGCACUUCGCUCUCUAAAUUUCCCAAACAUAAAUAAUAACAGAAAUCGCCCAAGAAACAAUUUUUUAAGAGGUUACAAUUUUGGGAACGGUAGAUUCGGAAAUAACAGAUUCAAUUCAAACCGUCAAUUUAACCCAAGAAACAAUGGCUACAGAUUCUAUCCCGGAACUAGAAACUGGAAUAAUAACGGCAACCAAUAUAACAGAAACCCUAUUAACAACGAUACCUCGAAUUUUAACAACGGUUAUAGCAACAACGGCAAUUUUGGUAACGGUUACAAUAACAAUGGCAAUUCAAAUCUUGGCAAUGGCAACUUCGGUAACCGAAAUGGUAACCAAGGCGGAAACUCAAACAGACCACAUUUCAACAAUAAUACCGCAAAUAGAGGCAAUUAUCGUAACGAUAGAUUCAGUCCCAAUGAACGCCAAAGGUCGAACAAUUUUGCCAGAAUUUUUGACACAAAUGUCGAAAAUAUCAAUUGUAACCAGGAAAACUUCACUCAGGGAAAUGCCUAA